AUGGUACCAGAAGCACGAUCUUCGGAUCCAGCUCGCGUCUAUGCUGAGACACGCCAGAAUGGCAUGCUCAAACUGACUACCACCAUGUCAUCUACACAAGCCGAACGCAAGACCAUUUUCGAUAGCAAAACGCUGACGAAGAAAGGCCUAUGCCCUGUUACUAUCAUCAAAGACCAGGCGUCCGCCGUUGAAAGUCAUUCCCUCUAUUACGAACUUCACGGAAGAGGUCCGGAGAAAAUAUUAUGCAUUAUGGGGUUGAAUUCUAGCUCUUUUAGUUGGCAACAUCAGGUUGAACACUUUGGACCACUCGAGAAAUACUCGAUAUUAGUUUUUGAUAACCGAGGAGUAGGGCACAGUGAUGCGCCACGAGGGCCCUAUACGACAAGCGGAAUGGCAGAAGAUGUGAUCACUUUGCUCGACCAUAUUGGCUGGACGGAAGAGAGACAGCUUCAUGUUGUUGGCAUAUCUAUGGGAGGCAUGGUUGCUCAAGAAUUAGCUACUCGCAUUCCACGGCGUAUAGUUUCCCUUGUCCUGGCGGUCACUAGCGCUGGUGGCCACAUUUGGAAUAACUUCCCUCCUUGGAAGGGUGUUUCGACGCUGACCAGACUUACCUUCGUUAAGGACCCCGCCGUUAAAGUACAGAUGAUCAUGGAUAUGGUGUUUCCGCUAUCCUGGCUUGCUGGGCCCUCUGCCGCAGACCCCAAAAUAACUAAUAGGGAAGCACAAACUCGGCUUUACAUGACCCGAAUUCUUGCGACAACGCCACAGACACUUAUGGGAACAGUGUCCCAGAUGGCUGCAGGUCUUUCGCACAGGGUGACACCAGAUCGACUACGCCAAAUUGCGAAUGAUAUUCCCAAAAUUGUGCUCGUUACUGGAGACGAAGACAAUCUGGUCCCACCCCAAUGCAGCGAGUGGAUCAAACAGUGCAUGGGCCCGAAUGUUAAGCUGGAGAAGUGGGAGCAAACCGGGCAUGCCCUGCAAAUUCAAAGGCCUGAAAGGUUCAAUGCGCUCGUAGAAAAGGUGAUAGAGGAGAGUAGGGCAUUAUGA